GUGUUGAAGGCGAGGCGACGAGCGGAUCUAUCUGGCUGGCUGCGCGUAAAAAAAAGGACUAACUUUCACUUCCCUGUUGUUAAAGCUGCGCGCGGAGCUGGCUCCAGAUGUGAACCGCUCUCAGCGCACGAGGCUGCUCACUGAGGGACAGAUAAAAAGCACCAAGAUGAUACGAAGAGCGUUUAGAACUUAUUGGCACCGCUGGCUUGUGAUUGUUUCCCUCCAUCACCUUUUAUUUACCCGCUGGGCUCUCAGCGAGGGGAACACAGUCAGGUACCAGACCAGAGAGGAGGACGCGCCGGGCACUGUGAUAGGGAACCUCGCCAAGGACAUGUCCUUGAGUCUGUCUCAUGCCUCCAAGACCAAUUUCAGGAUGAUGAAACAAUUUAACGACUCGUUCAUCAGGGUGCGGGAAAGCGACGGGCAGCUGUCUGUCGGGGAGAGGAUAGACCGGGAGCGGAUCUGCAGGCACACUCCCCAGUGCCUGAUCACUUUUGACGUGGUUAAUUUCUCCAAAGAUCGCUACAAGCUCAUUCACGUCGAGGUGGAAGUGAAGGACAUCAAUGACAACUCUCCAGAGUUUCCGAGCAGGGAGUCUGUGGUGGAGAUCUCCGAGAACGCAGCGCUGGGGUCCAGGAUCCCGCUGGACCCGGCGGUGGACGCAGACGUGGGGUCGAAUUACAUCCAGAGUUAUCAGAUUUCUGUCAACAGUCAUUUUACUAUCGAUGUGCUCCUGAGAGCGGAUGGGGUUAAAUAUGCGGAGCUGGUCCUGAUGAAGGAGUUAGACCGGGAGACUCAGUCCUCUUACAAUGUGGACCUGGUCGCCACAGACGGGGGGAACCCGCACAGAUCGGGCUCAACAAAAAUAACGAUCAAAGUGACUGACUUCAACGACAACAGUCCUGUGUUUGACAAGAAGAGUUUCUCCGUGAGUUUGCCAGAGGACGCGCCUGUUGGCGCCAUCAUCCUGGACUUAAACGCAGUCGAUGCUGACGAGGGUCUGAACGGAGAAGUGGUCUACGGGUUCGGGAAACAGGUCUCCCACGAGAUCCGAGAACUUUUCCAAGUGGAUCACAAAUCGGGCCGCCUGACUCUCAGGAGCCCCGUGGACUUCGAGGACAAAAGCACCUACGAGCUGGACGUGCAGGCGACAGAUCUGGGAGCGAACCCGACCCCCUCCGCGUGCAAAAUCAUUAUUCACGUCACGGACGUUAACGACAAUGCCCCGGAAAUCAGCAUCACCCCGAUGACCUCGGUCGGAACAGGUGUUGCGCACAUCAGCGAGGCGGCGGAGAAGGACAGCCUGGUGGCGCUGAUCAGCACCCUGGACAGGGACUCGGGCAUCAACAGCCAGAUCCACUGCACUCUGUACGGCCACGACCACUUCAAACUCCGCCAGGCUCACGAGGACAGCUACAUGAUCGUGACAGCAGCCGCUCUUGACCGGGAGCGCAUCAGUGAAUACAAUCUGACUGUCAUGGCUGAGGAUUUUGGGUCCCCCCCACUGAGAAAAAUCUCCCAGUUCACUAUUAGACUCAGCGACGAGAACGACAACGCCCCCCACUUUGCUAAAAGCGUGUAUGAAGUUUCAGUGGUGGAGAACAACGCCCCAGGCGCUUAUAUCACCACAGUGGAAGCCAGUGAUGCAGAUCUGGGCAACAAUGGGAAAAUCACCUACAGACUUCUGGACAGUGUCAUCAUGGGGUCCCCAGUGAACACAUUUGUGUCCCUUAACUCGGUGUCUGGCUCCAUAUAUGCGCUGAGAAGCUUUAAUUACGAAGUGAUGAAACAGCUGGAUGUGCACAUCCAGGCCAGUGAUGGCGGAUCACCACAGCUUCAGAGCACAGCCAUCAUCAGGUUAAAAAUAGUUGAUCAGAAUGACAACCAGCCUUAUAUCAUCAAGCCCCCGCUCUACAAGGGCUCUGCAGAGAUUUUCCUGCCCAAAGAUGCUCCUGCAGGGUACGUGGUCACCCAGAUACGGGCCACGGAUGCUGAUGAGGGCGUGAAUGCACAACUGUCCUUUAAAAUCACAGAGGGUGGACACCUGGGCUUCUCCAUCAACAAGGACACGGGGAAGGUGCUCGUGAGUCGACAGCUGACAUACGACAUCUCAGACAAUGUCAAAGUGACAGUGGCAGUCAGCGACAAUGGAUCCCCCUCUCUGACCUCCUCAGCCAUGAUCAUUUUCAGCUUCAUCGAAGGGACUCUGCCGAGCUUGCCCUCACUGGCUCAAAAUGACAAUGAGGAGGUCUUCGAGUGGGAUAUGUCCAUCGCCAUAAUUAUCGUCUUGGCAGGGAGCUGCUCCAUCCUCCUGCUGGCCAUCAUCCUCAUCACUACCAUUUGUAGCCGCCGGAAAAAGGAGACCAGAGAAGCGGGGUUUGAUAACAAAGUGGACAUGCCGGAUGUGGAGAAAGUGGAAAGUGGUCAGAUUGAUUCAAUGAUUGCCAACCACAAAGGCAAAACGUUUGAUGUCCACCCAUUUCCUGAGGGUCCGCCAGUGGCCGGCACCACAACAGAGACUAGCUGUGAGGAGAGUAGGCAGACAGCAGGCAUGUUUGAAUCAAACAGCAGGACCAUGGAGGGGAAAUUAAAGGGUUAUUCCACUCUGCCAGGAUAUGGGAAGGAGACUGUGAGGCCUAUAACAAUAUGGAAGGGCAAUUCAUUCACAACUAUCUCAGCAAGAGAUCCUCAAAUCAGUGGCAAGGAUAGUGGAAAGGGGGACAGCGACUUUAACGACAGCGACUCUGACAUCAGUGGAGAUGUCCACAAGAAAGAGUCACCACCAAUGAACAGUCUCUGGGCAUGUACGAGUGAGUGCAAGGUGCUGGGACACUCUGACCGAUGCUGGAGCCCCUCAGCUGCAAGACCCAACACGAGCCUGGCCUGUGGACCUCACCUAUCAACGUUCUCCAAAACCGCAACCCUUCCUCGUGACGCCAGGAGAGAAAACUACUACCCGGCUCACCUACCUAAAACUGGCGGUCUGCAGAGCGUGUAUGAAAAAGUUCAACACCAGGAGUUUGAUUACAUCCUUGUUGGUCCACCAACGCCAGCCAGGAUACAGGAAACAGAUGAAAUGUCCAUCCCAGAGUACACAAACUCUUAGAAAUGAAAAACAAACAACAACAAAAAAAA